GAACGAGCCUAUGUGAUGCUAUAUACAACGCGACGGGGCCUCCAUAUCGUUACAUCUAUCGCGUAGGUGCAGAUGACGAUGGAGUAGAGGAAUUCAAGAGCGCCACGCUCCCCCCUCGCUGAUCGUCCAAAUUUUUUUCGCAACGAGUUGCAACAAAAUCGACCAAACAUGAAAAACGAAACGAUGGCUCAUUACUUUUUCAUCGGCAUAUUUUUAUUUUAUCUAACAGCUAUUUCGGACUCCGUUGACGCAGCCUACAGCGAUUACAGAAAUUACUCGCGAGUGCCCUCGUCACGAGCAGGAGGAUACAUUCAACGGGUUCAUCCGUGCGAGCAGAGCUCGUGUUACCCGGCCACGGGAAAUCUGCUGAUAGGUCGGCGUCAUCAGCUGCACGCGACCUCGACCUGCGGCCAACACGGACCCGAGCGCUUCUGCAUCGUGUCGCAUCUCAAGGAGCGCAAGAAGUGCUUCUUCUGCGAUGCCAAAGACCCGAGGACCCAGCACGAGAUCGGCAAUGUCGUCGGCGGUCACGAGGAUUACAAGCGCGGCUCGAGAACCUGGUGGCAAGCCGAGAACGGAGUCGAGAACGUCUCGAUCACCCUGGACCUCGAGGCGGAGUUUCACUUCACCCACGUGAUCAUCAGCUUCCAGACGUUCAAGCCCGCGGCGAUGCUGAUCGAGCGCUCCUACGACUUUGGCCAGACGUGGCACGUCUAUCGCUACUUUGCCCACGACUGCGCGAGUGCCUUCCCGGGCGUGCCGACGCACCAGCCGACCAAGCUCACCGACGUCAUCUGCGACUCGCGAUACUCGAGCGUCGAGCCCUCGACCAAUGGCGAGGUCAUUUUCAGAGUUCUGGCCAACAACAUAAAAAUCGACAAUCCGUACUCGAGCGACGUGCAGAGCUUACUGAAGAUGACGAACUUCCGGAUAAACUUCACGCGUCUGCACACCCUCGGCGACGACUUCCUCGACAAUCGGCCCGAGAUCCGCGAGAAGUACUACUACGCGAUCAAGGACAUGGUGAUCCGAGGCUCGUGCUCGUGCUACGGCCACGCCUCGCGCUGUCUGCCCCUCGAGGGCGUCGACAACGAGGAGGAGAUGGUCCACGGCCGCUGCGAGUGCACCCACUUCACCAAGGGCCGCAACUGCGAGAAGUGCGAGGACUUUUACAACGACGUGCCGUGGAAGCCGGCCGUGGGCAAGCAGACCAACGCCUGCAGGCCCUGCAACUGCAACGAGCACUCCAAGAGCUGCCACUUCGACGAGGCCGUGUACGCGAGGAGCGGCCGAGUCAGCGGCGGCGUCUGCGACGACUGCCAGCACAACACCCGCGGACAGAACUGCGAGCUCUGCAAGCCCUUCUACUAUCACGACCCGGCGAGACGCAUCAGCGAUCCCGAGGCUUGUCAACCUUGCGACUGCGACCCGAGAGGCUCCCUGGACGACGGUAUCUGUGACUCUCGCACCGACGUGCUCAGCGGCGAGGAGUCCGGCCGCUGCCACUGCAAGGUGAACGUCGACGGGCGACGCUGCGACCGCUGCAAGGCCGGCUUCUGGAACUUCUUGGAGGAGAACCCGGAGGGCUGCCAGCCCUGCACCUGCAACACCCUCGGCACCGUCGACAAUCAGGGCUGCAACAUGAUCAGCGGCGAGUGCACCUGCAAGCGCUACGUCACGGGCCGCGACUGCAACGAGUGCAUGCCCGAGUUCUGGGGCCUCAGCGAGACCCAGGACGGCUGCAAGCCCUGCGACUGCGACAUCGGCGGCGCCUUCGACAACAGCUGCGAUCCCCAGACCGGACAGUGUCGCUGCAGACCACACGUCACCGGCCGUACUUGCAAUCAACCCGAGCAGAGCUACUACACCGGCGAUCUCGAUUUCCUCACAUACGAGGGAGAAUUGUCCAGGCCCACCGAUAACUGCCAGGUGGUGAUUCGCGAGCCGUAUCGCGACGGGCGCAACAACAGCUGGACCGGCCUCGGCUUCAUGCAGGCGCUCGAGGGCUCGGUCCUCAACUUCACCAUCGACAACGUCAAGCGGUCCAUGUGGUACGACAUCAUCGUGCGCUACGAGCCGAAGCAGCACAUGGGCGAGUGGGACGACGCGCAGAUCGCCGUGGAGCGCAGCGAGCCCAUCGAUCCCGAGGGUCCCUGCGCCGACUGGCAGCCCGAGUACGACAAGCUCUGGGUGCAGCUGUCGACCAGCCAGAGGAGCUCGGUGGCGAUGCCGCCCGUCUGCCUCGAAGCCGGAAAGACCUACAACGUCCAGCUGGAAUUGAGGAAAUUCAAUGGACCGGCCGAUGGUCCGACUCCAUCCAUUUUGAUCGAUUCCAUCGUGCUGAGACCUCGUUUGGACGGUUUGCCCUUCUUCACCGGCUCGGGCGAAUAUCGUCGCCAAGAAUACGAGAGAUACCGCUGUCAGGACUAUUACAGCACUUUCUACGAUUACUACUCCAUGUACGAGAACCGCAGCGAUAUCCGCGAGAUUUGUACCAAAUACCAAAACAGCAUUGGUCUUUACGUCUACGACGGUGGUCACGAGUGCGAUUGCGAUCCAACGGGUUCGCACAGUCUCCUCUGCAAAGACUACGGCGGUCUGUGCCCCUGCAAACCGAACGUGGUGGGACGUCGCUGCGAUCGCUGCGCUCCCGGCACUUACGGCUUCGGGCCCGAGGGCUGCGUCAACUGCGACUGCGACGGCGUCGGCUCCCUCGACAACUUCUGCGACGUCGACACGGGCCGCUGCAAGUGCCGGCCCAACACCUACGGACGCGACUGCGGCCAGUGCGAGCCCGGCUUCUGGAACUUCCCGCACUGCCGCAGGUGCGAGUGCAACGGCCACGCCGACACCUGCGACUCGGCCACGGGCCGCUGCAUCGACUGUAGGGACUUCACCACGGGCCACAACUGCGACAGGUGCAUCGAGCAGUUCUACGGCGAUCCCCGGAUCGGCGAGGACAUCCCCUGCCGAGCCUGCCCCUGCCCGGGCACCGUCGACAGCGGCCACUCGUACGCCGACAGCUGCUCCCUGGACCCCCAAACCCAGGACGUGGUCUGCGACUGCGACCAGGGCUACGCCGGGGCUCGCUGCGACAGCUGCGCCGACAACUACUUCGGCAAUCCCGAGCUUCCUGGAGGCAGCUGCCAGUCCUGCGAGUGCAACAACAACACGGACCUGGCCAGGCCCGGCAAUUGCGAUCCCUACAGCGGCAAGUGUCUGCAGUGCCUCUACAACACCGACGGCUUCAACUGCCAGGUCUGCAAGGCCGACUACUACGGCGACGCGCUCCAGCAGAACUGCCAGGCCUGCCAGUGCAACAUCCUCGGUACCGACGCCAGAGCUGGCCCGUGCAACCCGACCAGCGGCCAGUGCCCCUGCUUGCCCCACGUCAUCGGCCAGAUUUGCGACCAGUGCGAGGAAAAUCAUUGGAGGAUCGCCAGCGGCGAGGGCUGCGAUCCUUGCGAGUGCGACGUCGUUGGAAGCGUCUCCGACAAAUGUAACCCGUACGACGGCACGUGCGAGUGCAAGCCGGGCUUCGGCGGGCGUCGCUGCAACGAGUGCCAGACCAACUACUGGGGCAACCCCAACGUGCAGUGCUACCCGUGCGAGUGCGACGUCAUAGGCUCGGCCAGCCAGCAGUGCGAUCGCACGACCGGCGUCUGCGUCUGCCUCGAGGGCAUCGGCGGCGACAAGUGCGACCAGUGCGACCGCAGCUACAUCGGCGUCGCGCCCAGCUGCGCGCCCUGCGGCGAGUGCUUCGACAACUGGGACUACAUCCUCGACGGCCUGAGGAACAAGACCCUCUACGUCAUCGACGAGGCCUCCAACAUCCAGAAGGUCGGCACGACCGGCAUCUACAGUCAGGAGUUCAUGGAGAUCGACAAGAGCAUAGCCCUGGUCAAAGAUCUGAUCGAAAGUUCCUCGGUCAAGAGCCAAGAUCUCGAAGAACUGAAGGAGACGGCUGCGAGCCUCGACAAGGAAAUCAACGCCUACGCCGAGAUCCUCAAGGACCUGAACGCGCAGCUGAGCGGCGUGACGGAUCACGUGACCAUAGCCGACGCCAGCCUCAAGGGCUUCAAGAACCGCAUCGACAAGCUGCACGAGGACGCGAUCAAGCUGCGCGAGAACGCCAAUCGGCUCCAGGAGUCCAACGUGCAGGGCGCGCUCAACGUCACCCAGCAGAUGGCCGAGCAGUCGCGCCAAGCCGAGCGGAUGGCCGCCGAGACCAGCGGCAUACUGGCCGACGCCGAGCGCUACAAGAAGAACACGGAGAAUCUGCUGCUCAAGAACAGCGUGAGCGUCGCGGCCAACCAGAAGCAGAACAAGGACUCGCUCGAGAAGCUGAACGAGAAGCUCGCCGCGCUCAAGACGCACAUUCCCAUGCUCAACGAGGACAUCUGCGGCUCCAAGGUCGACGACUGCAGCGACAGCUGCGGCGGUGCUGGAUGCGGCGUCUGCGGUGGCUUGGGAUGCGACUCGGGUGCCAAGACGAAAGCCAGUCAGGCCCUCGAAGUCGCCAAGAAACAAGCUGAAAAGAUUCGCGAUCAUAGAGACGAGGCCGAGCAACUCUUGAGAAAUGUACAUCGUCUCAGGGAUGGAGCGGCGCACGCUCGACACGAUGCCCAAGAAGCUUUCGACUUGGCCAUAACAGCCCGCAAUCAGUCGGACAAAAUGGUGUCGGAUUUGGCCGACGUAAACAGGAAGAUCGAAUUACUCAUGGAAGCCGAGCAACCGUCGCCAGCCGAGGUCCGCGAUCUGGCUCAAGAGGUCUUGAACAAGAGCAUAACAUUGACACCGGAGCAAAUCAAAGGUCUGGCCGAUCAGAUCACUGAAAUCGUCGGAUCGCUCAGCGAUCCCGAUCGUAUCCUUCAAGAAACAUCGAGCGAUUUGGCGCUCGCCGAAGAGAUGCGCAAUCGCGCGGAAGAGGCCAAAAUGAUCGCCCAGAAGCAGGAGGAUCUGGCAGCUAAGGUCACUGCUCUGCUGCAAGAGACGCGAGCCAGUCAAGAGCUCGCUCAGGAGGCCAUCGGUAAGGCGGAGACCGACAUCGAGAACUCCCAGAGGGAUCUGCACGAGAUAACUCAGAUCACGAAAGAGGCCAAGAAAAAAGCCGACGAUACUUACAAUUCCGUCAAUGAUUUGGAGGUCCGACUAACGUCGCUUCAGACCGAGGCGGUGCGCAACGACUUCAUCAUCAAGCAGGAGAUCCAGGCCCAGGCCCACGACCUGUCCGAGGAGGCCAAGAAGGUGCAGUCGAACGCCGACCUGAUGGGCCGGCGCUACAUGCAGGUGCGCGACUCGCUGUCGCAGCGCGACACCAAGAGCAAGGACGACAUACUGCGCACCAAGAGCCUGCUGCAGCGCGCCUCGGAGCUGACGGCCGACACCCAGAGCAAGUACAAGGACCUCGAGGGCAUGGAGAGCGUCUACAAGGACAACGAGCGCAUGCUCAAUCUGCUCAUGGGCGAGGUCGACAGUCUGAACCAGGCGAUGGACCGCGAGCUGGCCCACUUCGAGAGCAAGGCCCAGCUGUAUCGCCAGUGUUGAAAAUAUCAUGUGCGCGCGACUUACACGGACACUUUGUUGUUGGCUAACAAAACGAGCGUGAAGAUGAAAAAAUGAAAAAGCAAAAAAACAAAAACAUAUCAAUUAGAACUAUAAAGCGGCUUUAAUCUUGUAAUAAUUGAGUUGUUCUGAAUUCUUGAUUACAAUUAUCAUGUGUGUGUGUAUUUUUAUCGGUACUUAUAGAGUUUAUACAUGUAAUUAUAAAUAUUUAUAUGUUCAGCGAUGAAAGCGCAUCGCCUAUAAUUGCCUAUAUCACCAGUACACGAUGAAGACUCUCUUAGUUUUGGAACAAAGAUCUUUUAUAUGCGUUCGUAUAAUUUUAAGCUCUGUACCGUAGUAGUUUAUCCUUUAAUCUUUGGUUUCAUUCACAGUCAAAGAGGCAUUUGUUUUUUUUUAUACUUCUACUUUUUUUCUCACACCACUAUACCUUACUUUUUACAUGUUUUACUUAGCUCACGUUGCGAUUCCUCACGUAUGAGUGCCAUAAAAUGGUAAAAUACAUAUUUAUAGAUGAUGAUACUUGUGUCAAUAUACGAGACUGUAAAUAUACAAUUAAUUGACUAACAAUCUCGUGUUGAAACAAAAAUAUUAUUACGAUAACGUUGAUCGAUUUUUU